UCGAGAACGAAACGAAGACAUGAAGACUUUCAAUCUGUGCACUCUGCUGAGCCUGGCACUCACAGCUUACUGCAUGCCAGUAUCACAGGUUACUGUGGAAGAUGAGGAACGUGCGGAGAACUACUUAAAGAAAUUCUACAACCUAACAGAGGAGACCGGUCCUACUAUCCGGAGGGGGGUCAGCCCAGCGAGCAGGAAGCUGAGUGAGAUGCAGAGAUUCUUUGGUCUCGAGAUCACCGGGACGUUGGAUGCUGACACCGUGGCAAUCAUGAAGAAGCCUCGCUGUGGUGUUCCAGACGAAAAUCUUGCCCGUUUCUCCACGUUUGGACAGUACAAGUGGCAGAAAAACAGCCUUACCUACAGGAUAGAGAACUACACUCCGGACAUGUCUGUGUCAGAGGUAGAUGAUUCUAUAGAAAGAGCUCUGCAGGUUUGGGCCAAAGUCACUCCUCUGAGAUUCACCAGAAUCUACAGUGGCACCGCUGACAUCAUGAUCUCCUUUGGCCGCCAAUCACAUGGUGAUUAUUACCCCUUUGAUGGCCCUGGUGGUACUCUUGCCCAUGCAUUCGCCCCAUCCCCUGGCAUUGGUGGAGAUGCUCAUUUUGACGAGGAUGAGGACUUCACUUUCCGUUCAAACACAGGCUACAUCCUCUUCAUGGUGGCUGCCCAUGAGUUUGGCCACUCCCUGGGCUUGUCUCACUCUGAUGAUGCUGGUGCUCUCAUGUACCCUGUGUACGCAUACAGAAAUCCUGACACCUUCAUCCUGCCCCGGGACGAUGUCAACGGCAUCCAGUCUCUCUAUGGCCCAAGCCCUGAUACGGAUUCCUCUGGAGAGGAACCACUGCCCCCCACCACUCCUGAUGCCUGUGAUUCAACCAUGGUCUUGGAUGCUGUCGCCACCCUGCGAGGAGAGAUGUUCUUCUUCAAGGACAGCUUCUUCUGGCGGAGCUACCCUCAGAGCAGCACACCUCAGCAGAGUCUCAUCACAAACUUCUGGCCCGAUGCCCCCUCAAACAUUGACGCUGCUUAUGAAAGCCGAAGCUCAGACAAAGUCUAUCUCUUUAAAGGAAAGAUGGUUUGGGCUUUCAGUGGAUAUGAUCUUGUAGGCGGCUAUCCUAAACCAAUUUCCAGUUUUGGUCUGGCCAAAAGUGUGGAGAAAAUUGAUGCAGUCUUUCAUGACGUGGACACUGGCAAGACUCUGUUCUUUGUAGGCAGCGAUUACUACAGUUAUGAUGAGGUCAGAAAAACUAUGGACCAGGGAUUCCCCAAGCGAGUGGAUGAGACUUUCUCCGGACUGACCGGCCAGGUGACUGCAGCCUUCCAGUACAGAGGUUUUACCUACAUCUACAGUGGAAAAUACAUGUUUGAGUACAGCCUGAGGUCCGGGAGGCUGUUCCGCGUGCUGAACAACAGCUACUUCCUGCGCUGCACUAACUUCUAAACUACUUUAUAUGUUGUUCAUAUGACCACCUUGAAUGAGGAUGAAGGAAACAGAGUUAAUUGGACUGCUUUUAUCCAGCAUUUUUCUACUCUUAGCACCACUCAGAGCAUUAAAUCACCUGCUACUGGGGUUAGGGUAAGAUCCAAAUGUCUAUAAUUUAUAAUAAUAUAUUUUAUAAUUUAAACAUUUGAUGUUACACAUUACCGAGUACAGUAUAUACUGGAUAAAUACUCUUCCUCAGAAAACAGUUGAAAUAUUACUUUUUAAACUCAUUGCUUAUUUAUCUGUAUUUAUCUCAGGAUAUGAAUGUCCUAUGCACUGAUUAGUUAUUGCUAUUGUUGCUGUUAUACUUUUUUAUUAAAUGUAUUUUAACUGUGGAACUAUAAUUUCCCUUUCUUUUCAAACAUUGUCAUUUCCAUUUGCACAUGUAUGCACACAUUUGUACACCACUGUGAAACAAAAUAUGAAUGCAAGUAUGGUAACAUCUCAAAAGACAAGUGUGAAAAGGUCUAAAGAAAUUAAUUG